AUGUUAUCUUUCUUUCUAUCUUUAUUUCGAAUAUUUUCAUCUCUCACUUUCUUCUUUCUAGCAUUGAUGGUUUUAUAUUCUCUUUUGAACAUUUUCUCUCUUUGUAAACUUUCUUUAUCCCUCUCUUUGGAAACUUUCUUUUUUUCUUUCUUUCUCAUUCUAAUUCUCUCUCUCUCUCUCUCUUUCUCUUCCCCCUCUCUCUCUCAUUAUAACCUUUGGUCUCACCUUCUUUCUUUCACGUUCCAAGAUUUUCUCUUUUUAACAUUUUCUCUCUUUGUAAUCUUUUUUUAUCCCUCACUUUGUAAACGUUCUUCUUUUCUUUCUUCCUUUCUUUCUCGUUCUAACUUACUCUCUCUCUCUCUCUCUCUCUCUCUCAUUAUAACCUUUUUCUCUCCUUUCUUUCAUAUUCCAAGAUUUUCUCUUUUUACAUUCUCUUUCUGUUUUUCUUUUGUAACUGUACCUUUCUCGCUUUUUCUUUCUUUUUUCUUUGUCAUUUUGUUUCUUUUUCUCAUCCUCUCUCUCUUUCUUUCUAAACUUUACACACUCUCUCUUUCAUUCAUAGCUAACGUUUUCUCUGUCACCUUUCUUGCUUACUUUUUAUUUGUUUUUCUUUCUUUCUUUUCCUCCCUCAUUUUUUCUAUUUCUUUUCUUCUCUUUAUAACUUUCUCUCUCUCUCUCUUUCGUUCUUUCUUUCUCUCAUUUUUUCUAUUUCUAAACUUUCUCUGUUUCUUUCUGUUUAUAACCUUUUCUCUUUCUCUCUCUCUCUCUUUCUUUCUUUCUUUCUUCCUUUCUUUCUUUCUUUCUUUCUUUCUUUCUUUCUUCUCUUUCAUUUUUUCUAUUUCUAACCUUUCUCUGUUUAUAAACUUUUCCGCUUUCUUUCUUUCUUUCUUUCUUUCUUUCUUUCUUUCUUUCUUUCUUUCUUUCUUUCUUUCUUUCUUUCUUCCCUCAUUUUUUCUAUUUCUAACCGUUCUCUUUUUCCUUCUCUUUAAAACCUUCUUUCUUUCUUUCUUUCUUUCUUUCUUUCUUUCUUUCUUUCUUUCUUUCUAA